AUGUCUCAUCAUCUUCCUUAUCAUCUAAAAAGAUUACAAGAUGACGUAAGUCGAAAUUUACAUUUAUCUACAUAUAAUCAUCAUUCUCAACACUCAACUAUUUCACAUACAAAUUCAUUUGAUUAUCGUUCACAAUUCCCAAAUGAGGAAAUAAUUCGUGAAUCUAUUCAACAUUUUACGAUUUCAGCUAAUCAUGAUACAAAACUUUUUCGGCCCUUUAAGCCUCAUCCUCAACAAGCACGACGUGGUGGUGGACGUUCUCGUGGUUAUCGUGGAAAUUCAUCAUUAUCAUUACCAAAACGAAUGAUCAAUUAUGAUCUAGCUGAAAGUUUUAUGGAUCAUUCAACAAAUCCAUUAUCAUCAGAUUUAUAUAAAUUGAAAUUUAAAAAUUCAAAUAAAACAUGGUCAAAUGGUCGUUUUAUAAAUUAUAAAGAAAAACUUGAUAAAUUAGAUGGAAAUAUUAUUGAAAUAACUUGUACCCGUACUUUUCCUAUCGUUUUUAAAAGAAAAAAAAUAGAAGAAAUAAAACAAAAUGAACAAAAUAAUCAACAACAUGUUACAGGAACAACAUCGACAACAUCUUUAUUAGCCUUAUUUGAUCCGAUUGUUCAACAAGAAAAGAAAAAGCAAAUUAAUCAACAAACAAAUUUUUAUGCUAAUCUAUUCGGCGGUCGAAGAAUUCCUCGAUUAUCAUCAAUUACUCAAAUAAAAAAAACGAAUUCUACUUUUAAUUCAACAUCAUCAUCAUCAUCAUUAUCAUCAUCCACUUCAAUUUCAUUAUUGAAUGAAAAUUCCAAAGAUCAUUAA